AUGAAUACUAAUACAAGUAGUGUAAGCAAUGCUCUUUCAGCCGUACCAUAUCAACUUAAUAUUUGGUUUGGUUCAUUUCUUUGGAUAGCAGGUAAUAUUGGUUCUCUAGGAAAUAUGAUGGUAUUUUGUUCUCGAUCAUUUCGUAAUCGAUCUUAUUCAAUUUAUUUAUUAUCAAAAUCAAUGACUGAUUUUCUUUAUUUUAAUUUUGUAUUAUUAACACGAAUACUUGAAAAAGGUUUUGAAAUUCCAAUUAAUAAUCGUUAUGAUAUUAUGUGUAAACUUCGACAAUUUGUUUCAUGUUGGGCUAAUCAAGUAUCUUUUACAUUAUUUUCAUUUGCAACAAUUGAUCGUCUCUUAUCGACACAACGUUUAAAUAAAUAUCGUCGAUGGAGUAAUCGUAUUUCAUUAGCUUACAAACUAUCAAUAACAUGUUUGUUCUUUUGGUUCUUACUCAUUGGUCAUCGACUUAUUUUAUAUAGUAUAAGAAAUGGAAUAUGUGUUCGUCUUCUAGGUUUCUAUGCUAAUUACGAUAUUUAUUUCGAAGUAAUAUUUGCUGGGAUAUGUCCACCUAUAGUGAUGUCUGUACUUGCUUAUCUAUUAAUAAGAAAUAUUCGAAAUGUUAUUCAACGACAAAUCGUUUCGAGAAAUAAUACAUCAUCAAUAACAAUUAGAAACCGACCAACUCUUCAACAAUUGGAUUCUCAAUUGACAUUAAUGCUCAUAUUACAAUCAAUUAUUACUAUUAUAACAUAUGUUCCACAUGCCGUUGAAUUAAUCUAUACAAAUUUGAGUCAAAAUUGGUCAAAAUCAUGCUUUCAAAGAGCUGAAGAACAAGUCUUUGUUGAAUUUGCAAAUUUACUUUCCUAUACAUUUUUUGUUUCUAGUUUUUACAUAUCUAUUAUCUUAAAUAAUGGGUUUCGUCGACAUAUUAAAAACUUAUUUCAAAGAAGGAAAAUCAAUGAUCCUACAUGUGCAAUACAUGUGAUAUUUCGUACUGAUGCAGCUGUUAUUAUUCAUCGAAAAUAA